UGGCAGAGAUGGCGGGGGUGGGAUGUAACCGUUGUAAGGGUUUUGGAAGCGACCCGACGAUGAAGCGAGAGUAGCGGGGGCAGUUGGUUUAGCGGGGGGUAGAUUUGCAGGAGCGGGCGAGGGAGAAACUCUUUCUUGUGCAUGAAAAGGAUAACAAAGUUGGGGGGUUAUGUCCUUGUCUUUGCCGCCGUAUAUCUCUUCCUGAUGUCCUUCGUUCGCGCCUCUCAAGUCGUGUGGUUCAUUCUGUUUUCCUUUUUUGUUCUCGUUUCGUUUCGUUUUCAUCGGGGCUGGUGUUUUUUUCUAUUUCUCUUUGUUUUUUUUUCUUCUUUUUCCUUUUCGUCUAGUUUACAACUGUGUGUCCGAGUUCCCUCGCCAUCAUCAUCAUCAUCGCCGUGUGUCCAUCCACUGCAUGCUCCUGCUUUUUCCUUUCCUUUCCGUGUUAUACCUAUCCCUUUUUCUUUUCUUUCCUUCCCAUUCCAUUCCUUAUCUUCCUUCUUCAAUCACGGGGGCGAGGAUUUUAUCUUUAACUUUUACUUAACUUAGUUUGGCGUACUCAUCCGUCUUAUUCCUAUAUCGGGUUUUAUUGUUAUUUGAUUUCUGCCUUUUUUGUUUGCGCGUGGGUGCGUGUGUCCGUUUACUAUAAGUUUC